AUGGCUCCUCCGCCGGCCUACAUCAUUUCCAAGGUUGCCGACCCCAUAUUUGCUCUGGCUAUCGGUCUCGGUGCUGCCGCAACGAGGAUCAACCGCGAAGAAAAGGAGAAGGGCAGGAGCACACAGGAGACGAUGACAGCUGCCAAGAGUGUGUGUGAUAUAGACGCCUAG